GUUUGUGGGCGUGGCCUCCGUCUUGAUCACCUCCACUUCUCGGCUUUCUUCACUUGAGAAGCUGGACUUCCUGUGAAAGGUAAACAAAUGGAACGCCUAACACAAAACUGUCAAAUUCGUCAAAAUGUAACCCGCAAACGGGUAUUUAAAGGACCGAAAUGCCUGGACAGAAAAGAAAAUACAACGUUCGUUUUCCACCCGGUCGCAUUAAGAAAAUCAUGCAGAAAGACACGGAGGUGGGCAGAAUGGCCACUGCUGUUCCGGUCAUUAUAUCUAAAGCUCUGGAAAUGUUCUUGAUCUCACUGCUCACCAAGACCAGCUUAAUCACUCAGUCCAAGAACAGCAGAGUCAUGUCCAUCAACCACAUGAAACAGUGCAUUGAGUCUGAGAAGCUGUUCGACUUCCUGAGGGAGCUUGCAGAUCAGGCCUCUGGCUCGGCACCCGCUAAAGAGAGCAAAGCCAAGGGGAAGUGUUUGGGGCACAGAAGUGGCACAACAUGUCCAUCAAAACCAAAUCACCAGAGAAGGAGGAGCUGCCCAAGAGGCAUAAUACUGAGCCUUCAGACUCCUCUAGUGUAGGAAAAUAUUUUUAAAACCUUUCCCAAAACCUUUUUAAUGUCAUGCCUUAUGCUUGAGACUCGGUUUAAAACAAUAUAGGUUCAACUGCCAUUGAGCUCUGCAUUGAAAAUGUACCUGCGUGAACAUCAUUCAGCUCUCUGGACAAGCAUUAAUUCAGUUUAGUGUGUGUGUGUUGGGGUUUCUGUGUAUGUUUUGCUCAGCCUGUGCUUGAUUUCUUUCCCAGGAGUCUGAGCUUGUCAUCUGCUUGGAGACACAGUCACCUUGAUAACAGCCGCUGACAUAGUGAGUCCCGCUCUUAAGAUUCAUUCAUCGAUUCUACUGUACGGGCUACAAAGGAGCAGGACUUGGAUCCUCUCAACAUAUGCUACACACUAGAUAAGAGGAAAGAAUAGUCUGCAUAAGGAGGUAUUCUCCACAUUUCAUCAGCUAUUAUACUGCCGUCCAAAUGUCAUUGCAAUUUACUCUUCUAGCUGGCUCUGUAGCUCACCUCUGUGACAAAAAAUACUCCAGCAAUAUUUAUGAAAACCCAACAUUUUCUUUUAAUAUUCCCCCCCCCAAAAAAAUUUUAAUUUGUAAUUUUUUUGCUACUAAGGCAGAAUUAAAAUGCAAAGAAAACUAAAAUGCGUAGAAUUUUGAUAAAACAAAAAUGUCUAUCUAUUUCUAUAUAUAUAUAUAUAUAUAAUGUGUGUGUGUGUGUAAAAAUGGUAAUGCAGAUAUCUUGUUCAUGACUUUAGUAAGUUUUAAAUCCUUUGUAAGGAAUAUGAUUUUUGUGUUAUUCUAUAAAGAGGGAGAUAUUUGUUUUCUAUUCUGAGCACUACUGCUACUUUUUCUUUUCCUCUGUUGGAUAUUCAUAAUUGUUGUUGAACCUGCGACUGUCUAACAUGUUAAAGAGCUAAUGAAAGAUCAAUGCUAUCAAAACUACAGCACUGUUCCUUAACCAGAUUUAAUGUGCUAUUCAUGUAAUCCAGAAGAAAAUGGGCUUUGGGGAGAAUACACAUAAGAGGAUGUAUUUUAUAGCUACAACACUAUGUAUUGUUUUAAGUUUUGCUGUAAAAAUGUUCUGUGGAUGUUACAUGAUUUUUGAAAGCCAUUUUCCGUUCUUACUCAAUAUUUAACAAAUCACUAAUAGAAUCAGAGGAAAAAGAGAGUUAUAUAAAAGGAGUGAGAGGAUGAUGAAAGUCAUUUUAAGAAUGCGAGUUACAGUUUCACCCCGUUUCCAAAUUAUGAUGCUGAGGUAAAAUAAAUAAAAUCAGAUUUCUAUAGACCUAGAGCAUUUCCAUAUUUAAAAACAACUUUCUUUCAUUCCUGAAAUGAGUUCAUAUAUUUUUUUUUCGUCUCAUCUUCUGCACGAUGCCUUGAGGAAAACUGUUCAUUUGAAUGACAUCAGGUACAUAAAACAGACAAAAUAUGCUGGGGAAUGAAUUAAAUGUAUACAAAAGCAGUCAUGUGGAAGGAAAAAGAAAAAAAAAAAUGCCCACUUGCACAUUUGAAACAAAUUUGAAUACAUCAAUCUGAACAUACAAGCCUAGGUCCUUUUCUGAGAAUAAAACAUUUCAAGCAAAUAUCACAUAAAUUAUAAUACCAUAUGAUAUCAUGUUGAUAACCAUUUAUAGAAAUGAUUUUUUUUCCUAAUUGUUUUUUUUUUUUUGUCAUAUCUAAUCAGAACAAAAUUUAGUGGUUUGACAAUUCAUUUUACUUUUCUCAGUCCUACAUGACAAACGGAUCCAUAAGUUAAACUCUCAAUCCAAAGAAGGCACAAGUCAAGUCUGCCCCUGUCCAGACAAGGUCAGGAGGUGAGAGUGCCAAAUGUAGAUCUUACUGCGCUACGAUAAAUGAUGAUACAUGAAAAGAAUGUCAAUACCUUACCUCAUGUCAAUCAUUGUAACUAUACAUUUCUUUUCUGAUUUUUGGAUUUUUUUUUUUUUUAAA